AGAACAACACGCGUUUACAUUUCAUUUCAGUAUUUUCGGUCUCCGCAUCAGCACCUCUCACUUCCUGAGUUCCUGAGCGAGGAGGCUGGUGAACGAAAUAAUAUCGUGACUCGUGACCCAACCUUAAUUCACCUCCGAGAUGCCUGAACCGUCCGACCAAGAGCUGUUGGCCAAAAUCGGUCUCAGCGAGCAGAAGAUCAAGGAGACCCUGAAAAACAAAGUGGUCACCGCCAACUUGAGGACUGCGAUUUUAGCGGCAGAGGAUGUCGGAAGUUCCAACGGUGCCUUGCUUUACCACCUGGCUUCGAAAAUCAAAGCCCAAGUCGCGCAGCACAUUGCACUGAUAGCAGCCUACGUCGGCCAAGGAAAGCUGGACUCGACCCUGCGAAUCGAUGCCGCCUUGGAGUACCUGCUGUCUAACCCAGGAGGGCCCGUUGAUAAGGGAAAACUUGAGGUGGCGGCCGGGGUCGGCGUCGUCGUUACUCCGGAGCAGAUUGAGAAUGCUGUUGAGGAGGCCAUUGAAAAGCACAAGAGUGCUUUGCUUGAGAAAAGGUACCAAUGCAACAUGGGACAAAUCAUGUUAGACGCGAGGGCAAAGCUGAGCAAAUGGGUGGAUGGGAAAGCAUUGCGAAACGAGGUGGACCUGCAGGUUCUGAACCUUUUGGGCCCCAAGACUGAAGAGGAUUUAAAUCCAAAACAGAGUGAUAAAAAGGCCAGUAAGCCCCCUAAAGAGAAGAAACCCGAAAAAUCGAAUAAGGAAGAGGCGCCAGUGGAGAAACUGAGCAUGGCUGAGUUCCUCAAGACUAAAGUGUUCUUCCACAAGCCUGGAGAAAAUCAUAAAACGGAAGGAUAUGUGCUGACUGAAAAGACAAAGGACCUGCUCAAUGAACAUAUUAAACUGACUGGAGGGAAGGUUCGAACUCGGUUUCCUCCAGAGCCAAACGGAAUCCUGCACAUCGGCCACGCCAAGGCGAUCAACAUUAAUUUUGGCUACGCAUCCGCGCAUGGAGGCAUUUGCUUUCUGAGGUACGAUGACACUAAUCCUGAGAAGGAAGAAGAAAAGUUCUUUGUCGGCAUCAAGGACAUGGUUGAGUGGCUUGGCUACACGCCGUACAAGAUCACGCACAGUUCUGACUACUUCGAGCAGCUGUACCUGUGGGCCGUGGAGCUUAUCAAGCGCGACCUGGCCUACGUGUGUCACCAGAGAGCCGACGAGCUGAAGGGAUUUAAUCCACCACCGUCUCCUUACCGCAACAGGCCCAUCGACGAGAGUCUCCAGCUCUUUGAGGACAUGAAAAAUGGAAAGAUUGGCGAAGGAGAAGCGACCUUGAGGAUGAAGAUCACCCUGGAGGAGGGAAAGCAAGACCCUGUGGCUUACAGGAUCAAAUUCGUGCCGCACCACAGAACCGGAGAUGAGUGGUGUAUCUACCCUACCUACGACUACACUCACUGCCUCUGUGACUCCAUUGAGCACAUCACGCACUCUCUCUGCACCAAGGAGUUCCAGUCAAGGCGUUCAUCCUAUUACUGGCUGUGCAAUUCUCUGGACGUCUACUGCCCAGUGCAGUGGGAAUAUGGCAGGCUCAACAUCAACUACACUGUCGUGUCGAAGAGGAAAAUCGCCAAACUCAUUGAGGAGCAAAUCGUUAGCGAUUGGGAUGAUCCGAGGCUAUUCACGCUGACUGCGCUGCGCCGUAGAGGCUUUCCGUCCGAAGCCAUCAACAAUUUCUGCGCACAGAUGGGUCUGACGGGAGCCCAGGUCGUGGUUGAUCCGCAAGCCCUGGACGCCAGUGUGCGUGACGUGCUGAACGUGACGGCGCCAAGAUGCAUGGCCGUGUUGGAGCCGCUAGCCAUCCACAUCACAAACUUCCCCUCAAAUAGCCCGAUAGAGUGCCUAGUGCCUGACUUCCCGAACGAGCCAAACAAAGGCAGCCACAAGGUCCCGUUUGCCAAGGAUCUCUUUAUUGAGUCCUCCGAUUUCAAACAGGAGCCGGAAAAAGGCUACAGAAGACUUGCGCCGGGCCAGUCAGUUGGUCUUCGGCACACUGGCUAUGUCAUCAGCCUGAAGAAGGUGGUCACGGACAGCGCAGGAAGGAUCAGUAAAUUGGAAGUUGAGUGCGUCGACGCAAAUACGGUCGAGAAGCCAAAGGCCUGGAUCCACUGGGUGUCUAAUCCGGUCAAAAUUGAAGUUCGGCUCUACGACCGACUUUUCCAGCACAAAAACCCCGAAGACUCAAACGAAGUGCCUGGAGGGUUCCUCAGUGACUGCAACAGGGAUUCUCUCACCAAAGUCGCCGCACUUGCUGACAGCUCUGUCCGAAAUGCGAAGGUCUACGACAAGUUCCAGUUUGAACGCCUUGGCUUCUUCUCUGUUGAUCCAGACUCGACAAAAGGCCAGCUUGUGUUUAACAGGACGGUCACCCUAAAAGAAGAUUCGGGCAAGGUGUAAAUAUUGCGAUUUAAAAUAAAUUUCAUUCUUUAUUUAUUGAUAAAAGUCA